AUGUUGUUCACUUUAUCUACGGACGCUGCUGUACAGGAACACGGUUUUAAUUUGCAAUUGUCGUCAAUUCCACAUUUUUUAUAUGAUGAAAAACACGGAACGCCAAUGUUCACUCAAACACAACUUGAAGAGUAUAACAAAUACAUAGUUACUAUUUUAUCUAUGCAAAAUGGUACUGAAAAACACAAUGAAAACAUCGAAAAGAAACCAAUAGAAAAUCACAAAGAGAAAAUAUUAGACCCACUGAAUGACCCAACAGAUCCUUUCAAAUUUAAAACAGAAGGUCCAAUCGACAAAAAAGAGGAAGAUAUUGAGAGGAAAAGUGCCAUUCGAAGAUGUAGUUUAUGUGGAAAAUACAAGAAAGAACAGACUGAAAUUGAUUUAAAAAAGAUGAGUGAUUUACCUGACAUCUGUAACAAGCGAAUUGAUGUUGUGUGGUCUUGGGUGAAUGGAACAGACCCAAAUUGGCUUGAGAGUUUGAAGAAGUAUGUCACUGAUUUCGACCCAUACAGAUAUCGCAAUACAGACACUUUAGUCUAUUCCAUGCGGGGAGUAUAUAAGUACUUGCCAUAUGUCAAAAAUUACUUUAUAGUGACUGCCAAUCAAGUUCCCGAUUUUUUAGACGCGCCAUAUAAUUUGACAAGUUUCAUACUUGUGAAGAAUAACAUCACUUUAGAGAUAGUCCCACACUCACAAAUUAUCGAGAAGAAGUUCUUGCCUGUUUUUAAUAGUGAAGCGAUCGAAACAAGUCUUCAUAAGAUCAAAAAUCUCGGGGAGUGCUUCAUUUAUCUCAACGACGACGUCUUCUUCAAUAAACCAACGCCACCAGACUACUUUGUCAAAAACGGGAAGUUACAAGUCCACGUCGAGCGCUCGGCACCGGAAGUCGUGUUAGAAAAAAAGUCGUUGGUCCACAGCUGCAUUUCACACUCAAAUCGACUUGUAAAUAAAUUCUUUAAAAAGCCGGAAAACACACGACAUCGGUUUAUGUCACAUACAGCACAUUUCUUUAAGAAAAGUAUCUCGUAUGAAGUCGAAAAGGCUUUUUGGGACGAAUUUGAAAAUACAAGAAGUAAACGAACAAGGGCGUGGCAAACCACAAAUUGGUCGUAUAUGGUUGGAGUGUAUGAAGUUAUCAAAGGAUACGGAGUGGACGUCAGAGAAUACAAUUUGGCGAAGUUCUGGAUGUUCGAAGAUAAACACCAGAAGAACGUUGUUGCGAAAAUACAAAACGACGAAAUCAAUCCAUAUGUCUUUUGCGUGAAUGACGAUAUGACAAAUAAAACAUUUGAAAAGGAAAUGAGAUAUAUACACAGAUGGUUAGUUACGAAAUUUCCAGAUAAAACAGUGUUUGAGAAGUAA